AUGUUUCAGGCGUUGAAAAAUGCUAGUCGUUUAGGUGUCCAACCUUCGAUUUACCGUCAGUUCCACACUACAAGACGUAUUUUACAAGAGUUCAAGGAUCCAUAUGAUACUCUUGGUGUUGGCAAGAGUGCCUCUCCAUCAGAGAUUAAAAAGGCAUAUUACAAAUUAGCCAAGAAAUACCAUCCAGAUAUAAAUAAGGAGCAGGGCGCUGGUGACAAGUUCCACGAUUUACAAAAUGCUUAUGAAAUUUUGUCUGAUGCCGAUAAGAAAAGUCAAUAUGAUCAGUUUGGUGCUGCUGCCUUUGGCCAAGGUGGUGCCGGGGGUGGUCCAGGCGGUCCAGGUGCAGGAUAUGGUGGAUUUAGCGAUUUCUCAGGAUUUGGUAAUUUUGGUGGAAUCAAUUUUGAAGAUCUAUUUGGUGCUGCCUUUGGCGGUGGUGGAGGAAGAAGCUCUCGUGGGUCACCAUUUGGGAGCUCCAUGUUCAGAGAAUAUAGAGGUGAUCCUAUCGAAGUUUCUUACCGUAUGCCAUUUAAAGACGCUGUAUUCGGUGCCAAAGAUGUGAAUUUGAAGUUUAGAGCGUUAGAUCCAUGUCAUACCUGUGACGGAUCUGGUAUGAAAACAGGUGCUAAACCCCAAAGCUGUCCCAGCUGUCACGGUACUGGUACUACUGUCCACGUACGUGCAGGUUUCCAAAUGGCUACUACUUGUCAGCAGUGUGGUGGUGAAGGUACUACUACUAAACGUGAAGAUCUAUGUGGUUCGUGUCAUGGUGAUGGUGUUGAAUGGACUAAAGAUAAGAGCGUCCGUGUAGAUUUACCACAAGGUUUACAAGAUGGUGAUGUCGUUAGAGUACCUGGCCAAGGUUCUUAUCCUAACAUGGCUGUUCCACCAGAGAUGAAAAGUAGUAUUAGACUACGCAGAGGUGAUGUGCUUGUGCGUAUACGUGUGGAUAAGGAUCCAAGAUUUUCAAUUAGAGAUAAAUGGGAUAUCUGGUUUAUCCAAGACAUUCCAAUUACUACAGCAGCAUUGGGUGGUACGGUUCAGGUUCCUACAGUUGAUGGCUCUCAUGUACGUCUAAGAGUGCAACCAGGAACUCAACACGAUCAAAUCAUUUCUAUCCCUAACAUGGGUGUUCCUCGUGUUGCCGGUACCCGUGGUUCCAUGAAAGUUCAGUACAAGAUUCAAGUGAAGAAACCUCAAUCCAAGGCCGAGCGUUGUCUAUGGGAAGCAUUGGCCAACAUUACCAAUGAUUCUAAUGCAAAGCGCACUGAGAAUUUAGAAGCUACUGAAAAAGCUACUGAAGCCGCAACGACAAACCCAGAUAAUCCUUCGGCAUUGGGACGUUUAGAAAAUUUCAUUUCAAACACUUUCAAAAAGAUUAAGGGCGAAUAG